AUGACCCCGCCCACCUCUGCACGUUCAGUGAUCGCCUGCACUAAUAUUUACUUUCCUACUAACACGCUGUUUGGCAAGUUUUUACACCUGAGUUUCCUCAAAAAACAAUUUGUCUGUCCUGCAGUCCGUGAAGAAGAAGAUCUCCUCCCUGGGCAGCAAGAGUGGAGCUCCAGGACGGAGCGCGUCAAAGAAGAGGAGGAGGAGGCUGAUAUCUCCAACUUGCCCGUGAUUGACGUCAUCGUGAAGAGUGAAGACGAUGAGGUCAGAGGUGAAAGUGAGGAGAAGAGAGAGGCGGAGCCUCCAAGCAGCAGCCCAACAGAAGCUGAUGGAGACCACUGUGGAGGAUCACGUCGCACUGACAACACCCGCUUUAAAAUCUCUAAGUCUGACAAAACUUUUGGCGAUCCCGACACAAACUGUCACAACGGAGAGAAACCUUUCAUGUGCUCAGUUUGCGGAAAGGGAUUUUUUCGAAACGAGCAUUUGAUAACGCACACAAGAACGCACACGGGAGAAAAACCAUUCAUUUGCUCAGUCUGCGGCCAAAGGUUCUCUCAAAAGGGCAGCCUGGGGAAACACGCCAGGACGCACACCGGAGAGAAACCCUUUCCUUGCUCGGUCUGCAACACCCGGUUUAGCGACCGCUCGACACUAGUCAGGCACACGAGGAGGCACACCGGCGAGAAACCCUUCUCCUGCUCCAUUUGCCACGCCAACUUCAGCCACCGCUCGACUCUGGUGGCCCACGUGAGGGCCCACACUGGAGAGAAACCGUUUCCGUGCUCGGUUUGCGGUAAGAAGUUCCCGUUGAAGACUCAGCUGACGAGGCACAUGAAAAUACACGCCGGGAAGAAAGUGUACAAGUGCCGAGUGUGCGGGGAAAUAUUCUCUUACAGUUACCAGCUCAACAACCAUCAGUGCUCUGGUGAGAACAGCAGCAGUACAAACUUUUGACAGACGUUGACUUCCCUCGAACAGUCAUCAGUGUUAAGCAUUUAUAAUCACAGUCCUUUUUAGGCGUCUUUAAACACUGCUCUUGAUGGACCACAAUAAGAUACACUGUAUUGGCAAAAGUAUUUAGCCACACAUGCAAAUUAUGAGAAUCAGGUGUCCUAAUCACUUGGCCCGGUGUAUCAAAUCAAGCACUUAGGCAUGGAGACUGUUUCUACAAACGUGUGUGAAAGAAUGGGCCGCUCUCAGUGAUUUCCAGCGUGGAACCUGUGCAACAAAUCCAGUCCUGAAAUUUCCCCGCUCCUAAAUAUUCCAAAGUCAACUUUAUUCAAAGAAAAGUGAAGAGUUUGGGAACAACAGCAACCAAGUGAUAGGCCACGUAAACUGACAGAGAGGUCAGCAUAGUGCAAAGACUUUCUGCACAGUCAGUUGCUACACAGCUCCAAACUUCAUGUCACCUCCCAAUUAGCCCACGUACAGUACGUAGAGAGCUUCAUGGAAUGGGUUUCCAUGGCCGAGCAGCUGCAUCUAAGUCUUACAUCACCAAGUCCAAUGCAAAGUGUGGGAUGCAGUGGUGUAAAGGACAUCACCACUGGACUCUAGAGCAGUGGAGACGCCUUCUCUGGACUGAUGAAUCACACUUUUCCAUCUGGCAAUCUGAUAGACCAGUCUGGGUUUGGAGGUUGCCAGGAGAACGCUACAUUUCGGACUGCAUUGUGCCGAGUGUGAAAUUUGGUGGAGGAGGAAUUAUGGUGUGUGGUUGUUUUUCAGGAGUUAGUUCCAGUGAAAGGAACUUUGAAUGCUCCAGGAUAGCAAAACAUUUUGGACAAUUCCAUGCUCCCAACCUUGUGGGAACAGUUUGGAGCGGGCCCCUUCCUCUUCCAACAUGACUGUGCACCAGUGCACAAAGCAAGGUCCAUAAAGACAUGGAUGACAGAGUCUGGUGUGGAUGAACUUGACUGGCCUGCACAGAGUCCUGACCUGAACCAGAUAGAACACCUUUGGGAUGAAUUAGAAGGGAGACUUGAGAGCCAGGCCUUCUCCACCAACAUCAGUGUGUGACCUCACCAAUGGAAGAAUGGUGGAUAAUUGCUAUAAAGACACUCUGCAACCUUGUGGACAGCCUUCCCAGAAGAGUUGAAGCUGUAAUAGCUGCAAAAGGUCAUAUUAAAACCUAUGGGUUAGGAAUGGGAUGGCACUUCAACUUCAUAUGUGAGUCAAGGCAGGUGGACAAAUACUUUUGUCAAUAUAGUGUAUGUUGGUUGCAUCAUUGUUGUGUAGCACAAUACUAUAAAUAUGAUUGUAUUUCUGUUACACUCGUUUGUGUAUGUUUGUACUACAUUGGUGUUUGCACCUUUUUAAAAUAAGAAAUAGCUCACUUUUGACUGUUUCGUUCAGUUCAUGUGCUGCUGUGACGUCACCACUCGCAUUUGAUAAUAUUCACCCACUA